AAAUUAAAGGAUUUAUUCAAGAUGUAGCUCAUUUAUCUGGCUAUAGAAAAUUUAUUUCAAACGACAACAUUAAAGUAAGAUUUCAACAAUUAAUUACAGAUUUUGAUAGUAUUGUUAGUGACUUGCAACUAAUAAUGUUCAUUGCUAAUGAAGAGAAAAGAAAGAAAGAUAUCGAUACUUUACAAAAAGAUAUUAAUGAGAUGUCCAGAUUUUUGGACAAAAUCAAUGGUGGCGUAACAACAAGCGAUAAAAAAAUUAACAAUAUUUUUGAAUACAUUAUAACUCUAAAAGGCAAAUCAUCUGAAAAAGGUUUCAACCCCAUUAUUAAUAGAAUUGAUUCAAAUGAGUUAAAAGAACCUAUUGGUGGUAGUCAGCCAGUUGUAUCAUCACGUAAUAAGCAUGAAAUACAUAAAAAACUUUAUAGAGGCCAAGAUGUGGCAUGUAAACUUAUUGCUGAAGAACAAAAUAAGUCUGAUAAAUCAGACAAAUCACCAGAAACAGUUCCACCAAUUUCAAGUAGAGUUCAUGCUGAAUUAGCAAUUUUGAGUAAUUUAGAGAAAUGUGAUUACAUUAUUAAUUUUCAUGGAUUAUGUGAGAAGGAUGGAAGCGUUUUAGGUGUAUUUGGAUGGGCGGAAAAUGGAAAUUUGAGAGAACUAUAUGAGAAAUUUGAUAUUGAAUGGCCUCGAAAAUUAACAAUUGCAAUAAAUAUUUGUCGUGGGAUUAUUUUUCUUCAUGGAUGUCAAAUUUUACAUCGUGAUAUUAGGUGCGAAAACAUAUUAAUAACCGAGAAUCUAGAACCAAAAAUUUCAAAUUUCGAAUAUACUUAUGCCUUACAGGCAAACAUUUCUGACAUCAGACAAAUUACACAAAUCAUUCGCUGGUUAGCUCCUGAGAAAAUGAAUUCAAAAAAAGGUGAAGAAGGAAAUGUUCCUCAUACUAUACAAUGUGAGAUAUUUAGUUUUGGUAUGUUACUUUGGGAAUUGGCUUUCCAGAAAGUUCCAUAUAUAGAUAUGGAAAUUUCUGAAAUUCAAAACCAUAUAUUAAGUGGUAAAAGAGAACAUUUAAAUUUUCCUUUAAGUCCAUACGGAGUUGAGGAAGAAUAUGGCAACAUUAUUAAAGCUGCUUGGCUAUCAGACCCGUCUCUUCGUCCAGAAUUAAAUUAUUUAUUCGAUGUUCUUGAAGAUCUCUACUUUCAUUUCAGAAGACUCAAAUAGAGGUCUAAAUCCGAAAGAUACUAUAGUAGACACGUCUAAAUUUGCUGAGGCUGUUGGACCUUAUCUUCCUUGCUCAAUAUAAUAAGAAAUCAUGCGCGGCAUUGCUUGAAAGAGUACAAGCAGCUGAAGUAGCUGUUCAAGCAUUAAAUCAGCCUAGACAAGAAAAUGAAAAAAAUUUUCGCAAUCAAUCAUAUUAUUAUAACUUUGAAAGAUUUGUUGCUAUUCUGAGAGAAAUUAAAUGAUUUAUUCAAGAUGUAACUCAUUUAUCUGGUUACAGAAAAUUUAUUUCAAGCGUUCAUGUUAAAGAGAGAUUUCAACAAUUAAUUACAGAUUUUGAUAGUGUUGUAGCAGAUUUACGACUGGCAAUGGUAAUUGCUAAUGAAGACGAAAGACAGUCGGAUAUUGCUAUGUUACAAGAAGAUAUUGAC